CCAAACAACACUCGGGAAAAGAGAUCAGAAACUCUGCGACGGGUUUAGUGUAUUCGUAACUCGGUCUCUCCCCCUUGGCCGCCGUCGCCGUCGUCGGUCGUCGGUCGUCUCCGCCUUCUAACGUCUGAAGCUGCUCGGUUCCUGUGGAUAUGGCUGAAUCCAAAGGAAAUGUUGGCGAGGUUUCCUACGAUGACAGUUCCUCAGGGAACAUAGUGCCUUCCGAUCCCCGGGAGGCUGAAAUUCAGCAACGCUUGGAGCAACUAAACAAGCCUGCUGUUAAAUCCGUCUUGUUGCCAGGUGGAGAUAUAAUAGAUUUUGUCCCAAUCCGGGAGCAACUGGCUUUUGAUGAUCCCCUGCUCAAAGACCACAUUAUUCAGAUGAAACCGAGUUCCUAUCCAAAAGGGUCGCCCACGGAGGAGGAAGAAGGGGAGGCUUCAGUCAUUGUUCGACCGUACGGUGAAUGUCCUGAAGGUACGAUUCCUGUCAGAAGAACAACAAGAGAAGAUUUGCUAAGAGCAGAGUCCAUCGAGAAUUAUGGGAAGAAGCGUUCCAAUUAUCGCCUACCAGGACCACCAGAUGCUCAGUAAUAUAUAUAUGUGUGUGUAUACAUGCAUAUAUAUAUAUCCAACUUGUAUAAUAUAUCUACAGAAGGGGGCGGCUUGCAUUGGACUUAUUCCUCAACUUGGUUUUUUUUAAUUAAACUUGUAUAAACUGAAGUUGUGUGGGCGUGGAAAUUUGUCUUUUGAGUGUAAUAAUAAUACGAGGAGAAAAAGGUUUGUGUUACAUGGAUUCCUAUUUCCUAUACCAUAUUUCUUUUUUUUUUCUUAAGUGCUGAUGUAUUUUUCUGAAUUCUAAUGUAAUCUUCCUAUGUCUAGUGUUCACUCGUA